AUGGCUCAAGUACUCUGCCUUUGGCUGCUACAGCUGCUGCUGCUGGCAGCUGUUCGUGGGGCCCAGGGUAAGGAGGCAGGGAGUAAGACCAGGGAAGACAAGAUCAUUGAAGGAUACAAUUGUAGCCCGGGCUCCCACCCAUGGCAAGUGGCUCUGUUCAAUGAAAAUCAGCUGCACUGUGGUGGAGUGCUUGUGGAUGAGAACUGGGUGCUGACAGCUGCCCACUGCUUGAUGAAUAAGUACAAUGUACACCUGGGCAAAUACAAUCUGAAGGAGAAAGAGAUUGGGUCCCAAGUGAUCCAAGCCACCAGGUCAUACCUGUAUCCUUGGUACUCUACUGUCACCCACAUGAAUGACCUCAUGAUGAUAAAACUACCAGAACCAGCCAGGCUGGGGACUAACAUCAGACCUAUCACACUACCUUACAAGUGUGCCCCACCUGGCACCUCCUGCAGUGUCUCUGGCUGGGGCGCCACUAUCAGCCCAGAUGAGACAUAUCCAGAUAACCUCCAGUGUACAGAUGUGAAGCUCAUCUCCACUUCAGACUGCAAGAAGAUUUACAAGCAUCUAUUGAAGGAAGCCAUGCUGUGUGCUGGCAUCCCUGACUCUAAAACCAACACAUGCCGUGGUGACUCUGGGGGCCCAUUGGUGUGUGAUGGAGUCUUACACGGCCUGGUAUCAUGGGGAAUCUUACCUUGUGGCCAGCCCAAUGAGCCUGGUGUCUACACUGAAGUUUGCAAGUUUAUGCCCUGGAUCCUGAAAACCAUGAGGAGUUGA